CCGAUGCCACGCCCCCUCCCUCAGUCUCUCUCGGACGGUCGCAGCGUUCGGGUCGAUCGGAUCCGGAUCGAUCGUUUCGGAACCGACGGAUCCCGCGAUGGCGGAAAGAGGAGAAGGAGGAGGAGGAGGAGAAGAAAAGGGGUUCGAGGGGAGACCCCGCGGGUUCCAAUUCGCCAUCGAUCGCGGCGGGACCUUCACCGACGUCUUCGCCCGUUGUCCCGACGGUCGCGUUCGGGUCCUCAAACUCCUCUCCGAGGAUUCCGCCUACGGAGACGCUCCCACCGAGGGCAUCCGGAGGGUCCUGCAGGAGGAAACGGGAAUGCCAUUCCCCCGGGAUUCUCCGUUGGAUUCUUCCCGGAUCGAAUGGAUCCGAAUGGGCACCACCGUCGCCACCAACGCUUUACUCCAACGUCGUGGAGAACGUUUGGCCCUUGUGGUGACGCGCGGCUUCCGGGACCUUCUGUCCAUCGGAACCCAAUCCCGGCCCCACAUCUUCGACCUGACGGUGUCGGUUCCGGCGCUGCUCUACGAGGAGGUGGUGGAGGUGGACGAGCGCCUCAUCCCCCACCAAAGCGGCUGCGCUCUGCCCGGAGCCCAACGCGCGCCCAUCGUCCGAGGGUCCCUGGGGGCGACGCUGCGCGUCCAUCGGCCGCUGGAGCUGACGGCGCUGCGCGAGGAGCUCCUGCGCCUGCGGCACCGCGGGAUCCGCACCAUCGCCGUCCUCCUCCUCCACUCCUACGCGUGGCCGGACCACGAGGAGAAGGUCGGGGCUUUGGCGCGAGAGUUGGGCUUCGACCACGUCUCGUUGUCCUCUUCGGUGGCGGCCAUGGUGCGAGCGGUGCCGCGCGGGUACACGGCCUGUGCCGACGCCUACCUGACCCCCCUCAUCCGGAGGUACCUCCAGAGCUUCCGCCACGGCUUCCAAGACCACCUCAAGAACGUUCCGGUUCUCUUCAUGCGUUCCGACGGUGGUCUCACUCCCAUGGACCAUUUCAACGGCUCUCGCGCCAUCUUGUCCGGUCCGGCCGCCGGCGUCGUCGGUUGCGCCGUCACCACUUCCCGCCAUUUUCCCGGCGUUCCCAUCAUCGGUUUCGAUAUGGGCGGGACCUCCACCGACGUCAACCGUUACGCCGGAGAAUACGAACUCGUCUUCGAGGCCACCACCGCCGGAGUCCCCAUCCGCGUCCCCCAGAUGGACAUCAACACCGUAGCGGCCGGGGGAGGUUCUCAGCUCUUCUUCAGGUCAGGGCUCUACGUCGUUGGUCCCGAGUCGGCCGGAGCCCAUCCUGGACCCGCCUACCUCCUCCCCUGA